CCGAUUUUCUUCGUUAGAUAUUUAAAGAUAUUAUUCGCCUCAAUGCAUGACUUUGUUGUAAUUUUAUACGUAUAUUGAUGAUUUCAGAUGAUGAUAGUGUUUUUUAAUUUCGGGAUCGGCCAUUAGCAGAUCUGCUUCUGAUGUCGUUCAAUUUUAGGAUUCUGAAGUUGAUUGAUUUUUAAUGGAGGGAGUUGGAGGUGAUGAUUCCUCAACAGCAGCGGGAGCACUGAACCAACGUAGACAUGAAAUGUCAAAGCUUUUUCAGUACUAUUUAGAUAAAUCUACCCCACAUGCUCUUUAUCGGUGGAUUGGUACUUCCAUUUUAGUAUUUGUUUUUGCUCUGCGGAUCUACUAUGCUCAAGGGUUCUACAUUAUUGUGUAUGGAUUGGGGAUAUAUAUUCUGAAUUUGCUCAUUGGGUUUUUGUCCCCUCUUGUUGAUCCUGAGCUCGAACCCUCUGAUGGACCUAUGUUGCCAACAAAGGGUUCAGACGAAUUCAAGCCUUUCAUUCGCCGCCUCCCAGAGUUUAAAUUCUGGUAUGCCAUCACCAAGGCUCUCUGUGUAGCAUUUUUUAUGACAUUCUUUUCGGUCUUUGAUGUCCCUGUCUUUUGGCCCAUAUUGUUGUGCUACUGGAUUGUUCUUUUUGUACUCACAAUGAAGCGCCAAAUUAUGCAUAUGAUCAAGUACAGAUACAUCCCAUUGAAUAUUGGAAAACAGAAGUACAGUGGGAAAAAAGCUUCUGCUAGCACCAGCAGCUCCCGAGCAGAUUGAAGUUCUUCUGGUUACACUAAAUUGAAUUCCAAGAAAUUUAGUUUUUGGGAGCAAUAGCAGGAGGGGGGGCGAAUAAAAAACUAGCAGUGGCUUUGCAGAUUUUUAGUUAAUGAUAUCUGUAUUUAUGUUACAAAUAUAGAAUGGACCUGAAUACGGAGUUAGAAGAACUAUAGUUCAAUUUUGCGCCGUUAUUUAAUUAUGGUUGCCAAAUUGUAUGCAGGAGAGAAGGGCGGAACACAUUUUUUAGACUCUUGGUGGAAGAUUAAAGUUCGUUCAUUUGUGAUUGCCAUCCGUUUCA